GCCGCACUGUCGGAGGGUCAGUGCUGAGGGAGCGCCGCACUGUCGGAGGGUCAGUGCUGAGGGAGCGCCGCACUGUCGGGGGGUGUCAGUGCUGUGGGAGCGCCGCACUGUCAGAGGGUCAGUGCUAUGGGAGCGCCGCACUGUCAGAGGGUCAGUGCUGAGGGAGCGGGCACUGUCAGAGGGUCAGUGCUGAGGGAGCGCCGCACUGUCGGAAGGUCAGUGCUGAGGGAGCGGGCACUGUCAGAGGGUCAGUGCUGAGGAAGUGGGAAUUGUCGGAGGGUCAGUGCUGAGGGAGCGGGCGCUGUCGGAGGGUCAGUGCUGUGGGAGCGCCGCACUGUCGGAGGGUCAGUGCUGUGGGAGCGCCGCACUGUCGGAGGGAUGAGCCGGUUCCUCAACCUCCUUCGCAGUUGGUUACUGAUGGUUGCUAUUGUUGCUGCAGGAAACACAAUUCAGUGUUUCUGGGACCACAGCUUUUUAUCGGACAAAUUGUACACUGGAAGCCCAAGGCUCGUGAAUGGUUUGCAGGCGAGGACAUUUGGGAUCUGGACUCUGCUCUCUUCCAUCAUUCGAUGUGCAUGUGCAGUGGACAUUCACAACAGAACGUUGUACCACGUGACUCUGUGGACCUUUAUUCUUGCUCUUGGUCACUUUGUGUCUGAAUCCAUCAUUUAUCUCACAGCACCUAUGACGAAAGCAGUGAUGGCACCCCUGUUAGUGUCCAGUUUCUCGAUCCUGGGAAUGUUGGUUGGAUUUCAGUACUUGGAAGAUUCUCAAGAGGGAACCUCCAUUCGACCAAAGAAAAGGAUGUAGAGCCUCUGAUGGCCUGGCUGCUCAGAAUAAUGGUGUACAGAGAGUGUACAGAUAGGUUUCUGGCUGCUGCUCAUUCAACUAGUUCACCUGGGUACUCUGUCAACUUCAUUCAUCACAAUCAGUGACUGAAAGCCAUUCGUUAGCUGGAAAGGUCUUUCCAAUGUUCUGAAGUCAUAAAGUGUGCUUUAGAAAUAAGAGUUUAUUUGGACUGUGAUACAACAUAGAAAGAGGCUAUUUGGCUUAUUGUAUCCAUGCUUGUCAACAUUAAUCCCAUUUCCCAGCUCUUUGCCGACCACUCUGGAGACUACAGUAAUGCAAGUGAACAUUUAAAUACUGCUCAAAUGUUACAAGAGUUUUUGAUUCAACUAAACAAUUAGGCAGUGACUUCCAGAAUCCCAACAUCUUCCGAAUUUAAAAAAAAUUCUUAGCUCUUCUCUUCACUUUCUGCUUCUUACCUUGAACCUAUCUCCUAUGUAUCAGGUCCCCUAUCAACCUUCACUCCUCCAUGGUAAAGGCCUAUUCAAUCUUGCCUCAUUAUUCAGACUCUUCAACCUGGGCAACAUCCUAGUAAAUGUCUUCUGCGCCCUUGCCAAUGCAAUUACAUCCUUUUGUAUAAUAUGCAACCAGAGCUGCACACUGUGCUCCUGCUGUGGUCUAAAUUACAUUAUAUACAGCUCUAUCUUUGCCUGCUGUCUCUUGUAUUCUCUGACUUGGCUAAGAAAGAUAAGUAACCCAAACGCCUUCUUAACUACCGUCUCUACCUGUCCUGUAGCUUCAGGGAUCUGUGGACGUAGUGGUAAUAACACUGGAGUGGAAAUCCCGAAACCCAGGUUCAAUCUGUGGGGACAUGGGUUUGAAUCAUGCCAUGACAGAUGGUGAAAUUUGAAUUCAAUAAAAAUGUGACAAUAAAAGCUAAUGUUCUUGUAAUCAUUGUCAAUUGUCAUAAAACAAAUUGGGUUUACUGAUGACCUUUAGGGAAGGAAAUCUGCCAUCCUUACUUGGUCUACCAAAUACAUGAUUCCAGAUUCACUGCAACAUGUUGACUCUCGAUUGGCAAACUUUUGCCCAGAGAGUGAUGGGAAUCUGGGACUCAUUAAAGGUGGGAAAGGUAAUAAUAUUGAAGAAGUAUUUUGAUGUGCACUUGCAGUGCCAAGGCAAUGGAGACCAUGAAUCAAUGCUGGAAAAUGGGAUUACAAAGAAGAACAAAGCAGCACAGCAUAGGAAAAGGCCAUCAGGCUCAUGAAGACUGCGCUGGCCUGUCACACUUCCUAAACUAAAAACCUCUUGCCUCCACACGGUCCAUAUGUACAUAGACGAUUUAGAACUGGGAACCAAGUGUAGUGUGUCAAAGUUCACAGAUGCCACUAAACUGACUGGUAGAGCAAAGUGUGCAGAGGACACUGAUAAUCUCCAGAGGGAUAUGGAUAGAUUAAGUGAAUGGGCAAGCUUCUGGCAGAUGGAGUACAAUGUUGGUAGAUGUGACACCAUCCAUUUUGGUAGGAAUACCUGUAAGAGGGACUAUUAUUUGAAUGGUAAAAAAUUACAGUAUGCUGCUGUGCAGAGGGACCUGGGUGUCCUUGUGUAUGAAUUACAAAAGGUUGGUUUGCAGGUGCAACGGAGAAUUAAGAAGCUAAAUAGAAUUUUGUCCUUCAUUGCUAGAGGGAUUGAGUUGAAAAGCAGGCAUGUUACAGCUGUAUAGGGAGCUGGUGAGGUCACGCCGAGAGUACUGUGUAUAGUUUUUUUCCUAGAAUGAUGACAUCAGCUUGUAUGAGGGGGCAUAGCUGCAAAUUGAGGGAUGAUAGAUUUAAGACAAUGUCAGAGGCAGGUUCUUUACUCAGAGAGUGGUAAGGGCGUGGAAUGCCCUGCCUGCCAAUGUAGUUAACUCAGCCACAUUAGAGGCAUUUAAACAGUCAUUGGGUAAGCAUAUGGAUAAUGAUGGGAUAGUGUAGGGUGAUGGGCUUAGAUUAGCUCACAGGCCGGUGCAACAUAGAGGGCCGAAGGGCCUUUUCUGCGCUGUAUUGUUCUAUGUUCUAUGUUUUCGUCUCUUUGCUUGAGAAAGGAUGUACUGGCACUGCACGGGUGCAGAGGAGAUUCACUAGGUUGAUUCCAAAAUUGAAACUGUUGCCUUUUCAAAGAGAGACUGAGUAGAUUGUGACUGUACCCACUGGAAUUUGGUAGAAUGAGACAGAGCGGGGUCUUAUAGAAACAUGUAAAAUUAUGGUGGGAAUAAAUAGGAUAGAAGCAGGGAGUUGUUUCCAAUGGCAGGUGAAACUAGAACCAGGGAGCAUAGCCUCCAAAUAAUUUAAUUUGAGUUUUUUUUUGACAUAUGUACCAAAGUGCAGUGAAAAGCUUUGUUUAUGAGCAGUAUGGGCAGAUCAAACUAACAUAGAACAUUACAGCCCAGUACAGGCCCUUCGGCCGUCGACGUUGUGCCAACCUGUCAUACCGAUCUCAAGCCCAUCUAAUCUACACUAUUCCAUGUACGUCCAUAUGCUUGUCCAAUGACGACUUAAAUGUACUUAAAGUUGGCGAAUCGACGACCAUUGCAGGCAAAGCGUUCCAUUCCCUUACUGCUCUCUGAGUAAAGAAACUACCUUUGACAUCUGUCCUAUAUCUUUCACCCCUCAAUUUAAAGCUAUGCCCCCUCGUGCUCGCCGUCACCAUCCGAGGAAAGAGGCUCUCCCUAUCUAACCCUCUGAUUAUUUUAUAUGUUUCAAUUAAGUCACCUCUCGACCUUCUUCUCUCUAAUGAAAACAGCCUCAAGUCACUCAGCCUUUCCUCGAAAGACCUUCCCUCCAUACCAGGCAACAUCCUAGUAAAUCACCUCUGCACCCUUUCCAAAGCUUCCACAUCCUUCUUAUCAUGCGGUGACCAGAACUGUACACAAUACUCCAAGUGCGGCUGCACCAGAGUUUUGUACAGCUUCACCAUAACCUCUUGGUUCCGGAACUCGAUCCCUCUAUUCAUAAAAGCUAAAACACUGUAUGCCUUCUUAACAGCCCUGUCAACCUGGGUGGCAACUUUCAAGGAUCUGUGUACAUGGACACCAAGAUCUCUCUGCUCAUCUACACUACUAAGAAUCUUACCAUUAGCCCUGUACUUUGCCUUCCGGUUACUCCUACCAAAGUGCAUCACCUCACACUUGUCUGCAUUAAACUCCAUUUGCCACCUCUCAGCCCAGCUCUGCAGCUUAUCCAUGUCUCUCUGCAACCUACAGCAUCCUUCGUCACUAUCCACAACUCCACCGACCUUAGUGUCAUCUGCAAAUUUACUAACCCAUCCUUCUACGCCCUCAUCCGGGUCAUUUAUAAAAAUGACAAAUAGCAGUGGACCCAACACCGAACCUUGCGGUACACCACUAGUAACUGGUCUCCAGGAUGAACAUUUCCCAUCAACUACCACCCUCUGUCUUCUUUCAGCAAGCCAAUUUCCGAUCCAAACUGCUAUAUCUCCCACAAUCCCAUUCCUCCGCAUUUUGUACAAGCAAGGGUGUACAGAUCAAAAAGACUUAGACAGAGGCAUGCAGGUUACAUUGCACAGGGUUUGCGCUAGGUAAAAGCAACAUGAGCAAGAUCAAUAUUAUGUGAGGCUAGAAUCCAUUCAUCAGUUUAAUGACGGCAGGGAGGAACCUGUGUGUGUGUUCAGACUUCUGAAUCUUCUGCCUGACAGAAGAGGAUGUAGGAGAGCAUACCAGGGAAGGAUGGGUCUUUGAUAAUGUUGGCCACCUUUCUGUGGCAGCAAGCCGGUUAAAUGGAGUCCAUUGAUGGAAGGUCGGCUUUCCUGAUGGCCUCGGCUGUGCAUACAACUUUCGUAGUUUCUUACGGUCCUGGGCAGAGCAGUUGCCAUACCAGACUGUUACGCACCCGAACAGUAUGGUUUCAAUGGUGCAUCUGUAGAAGUUGGUGAGGGACAUUAUGCACAUGCCAAAUUUCCCAAGCUGCCUGAAGAAGAGUUGUUUUGCCUUUUUGACUGUCGCAUCUGUGUGGCAGGAGCCCAAGGCAAGUUGUUGGUUAUCGUCACUCUGAGGAACUUGACACCCGGCACCCUCUCAAAGUGAGUUCUGUUGAUGUAGAUGGGGGCAUAUUCUCCUCCUAAGAGGAAGCAGAUUUAGGACUGAGUUGAGGAGGAAGUUUUUCACCCAAAGGGUUGUGAAUCUGAAAUUCCUUGCCCUGUGAAGCAGUUGAGGUUUCCUCGUUUUUAAGGCAAAGGUAGGUUUUUGAACAGUAAAGGAAUUACGAGUUGUGGUGAGUAGGUAGUUAACUGGAGCUGAGUCCACAAAAAAAAAAUGCCAGCCUUGAUCUAAUUGAAUGGCAGAGCAACCUCAAUGGUCCAGAUAGCCCACUCUUGCUAUGAUUUCUUAAGUUCUUAUAUCGGUCUGCUCACUCCCUAUUCAUGUAUCUGUCAAGGUGUUUCUUGUUGGCAGGAAUGCUGUCAUAUAUGUUUCUAUCACCUCCUCUGCUAUCACUUUCCAGGCACUCACUUCCCUCUGUGUGAAACUCUCACAUGUUCUCUAAACUGUGCACCCCUUGUAAUUGACAUAUCUACCAUGGGAACAAAAUUCCAGAACUAUCCAUUCUCUCCAUGCCCAUCAUAAUUUUGUAAACUUCGAUCAAGUCACCCCUCAGCCUUCGAUAAUCAUCAAGUGAUAACAAACCCAGACUGUCCAAUCUCUCCUCAUAGAGAAUACCCUGCAAAUGAGCAACAUUCCAAUAAACUGUUUCUGACCCUCUCCAAAGCCUCCGCAUCCUUCUGCUAGUGUGGUGACUAGAACUGCACACAGUUUUUGAAAUGUGGCCUUACUAAAGUUCUAUACAGCUGUAACAUAACUUGCCAAUUUUUAAACUCUAUGCCCCAACUAAAGAAGGCAAGUGUGCCAUAUGACUUCUUGAUCACCUUAUUCAUUUGCAUUGCCACUUUCAGAGAAUUGUGGACCUGUAUACCUAGAUCCCCCUGUAUGUUGAUACCACAAAGGGUUUUGCCAUUUACUGUACAAUUCCCUCCUGCAUUAGAUCUUCCAAAAUGCAUCACCUCGUACUUAUCUGGAAUUUCUCUGUCCAAGUCUCUCGCCUGUUUUAUAUCCUGCUGUAUCCUCUGGCAAUCUUCCUCAUUACCUGCAGUUCCCCAAAUCUUUGUGCCAUCUGCAAACUUACUGAUCAGACCUCAUACAUUCUCCUCCAAAUUAUUUUUGUAUAUUACAAACAAUAGGGGCCCCACCACUGAUUCCUGCAGAACACCAUUGGGCACAGAUCUCCAGUCAGAAACUAUAUCCUUCCACCACUACUCUCUGUCUUCUUUGACCAAGUCUGUUUGUAUCCAUCUUACCAGCUCCCUGCAGAUCCCAUGUUCACCCUCUGUAUCAGCCUUCCAUGAGGGACCUUGUCAAAGGCUUUGCUAAAGCCCAUGUAGACAACAUUCAGCACCCACAAGCAUCAUUUUCAUCACUUUUGUCACUAGUUAUUAGACUGGAUGUUAAAAAAGAAUUCCAUCCUUUAUCUACAGACAACAGUGUGGAACUGGAGAAACACAAGCAGGCCAGGCAUCAUAAGUGGAGCAGAAAAGUUGACAUUUUGGGUCGGGACCCGUCUUUAGGUAACAGUUUUACUCCUCUGUCUGAGACUGGUCUACACGUUUGAACCUGACAUAAUGUUCCUGCUAUGUCCGUGCCACCAUCGCAAUUCUUUUUAUCAGAGCCUAGGAUUCUGUACAUUUUCUAGUCACUUAUUCAAUUUGCCCUGCCAUCCUGAUUUAUGAACCUUUAUUUCCAGAUCUCUCUUGAUUCUGUGCUCAGAUUAAAAUUGUAAGAUUAGAGCACAAAGGCAGGUAAGUUAUUGAAAAAGCUGCAUAAAACACUAAUCCAGCCCAAACUGGAAUAUUGUACCUUAAGAAGGAUAGUAAGAUAUUAGAGAAAAUGCGGAACAGCUUCAUGAGAAUAAUUUCAGAGAUGAGAAUCUUUGGUUAUUUAUAUUGGAAAAGUUAGGCUGUAUUCCUUGGAAAUCAUUGAGGGAUUUGAUAACUAUUUUGAAAAAUCAUGAGGAGACAACACUGAAUAGACAAGGAGAAACUUCUGAAUCAUGAAAGGAUUGGGAACCAGGUGGCACAGAUUGUGGGUGAUUUUCAAAAGUAAGUAGUGAUCUGAGGAAAAUAUAUUUUAGUGCAGCAAAUGUCUUAAGUCAUUCUGCUGAGCAGAAACAUCUGCGCAGACAUGAUGAUCUGAAUGGCCUUCUUUGCAUGGUAACAACUCUGUGACUUUCUGAUCAAGAUUUGGAACAUACUGCUUGAAAAUGCCUUGAUGGGUAAGUCAAUUAGUUACCAAAGAGGAAGGAUUUACAGGAGAAUGGGCUGUAUCAAUUGCCCUUGCAGUGCUAGCAUGAACAUGAUGACCCAAAUGGCCUCCUUCUGAGCUGUAACCAUUUUAUAAUUGUAUAAACACAAAUUGUGAUUGAACUUUCAAGGGACAGCUAUAUUUCUAAGCCAGAGAGCACCUUAACAAAUGUUACAUAAUUGUUCAGUUUUAUUAUAGUGUUCACAUCCACAUGGGCAAGCACAGUUCGAACUUCAAUCCCUGGUAAUCUCUUCUGAUAGAACACAUAGUUCAAAAGAAUCAUUUCUUAUAAAAGCUGCAUUUUUUUCAGUUGUAAUUAAAAUAUUUUAAAUUUA